AAUCAUCUUCGAAGACACUCUUCCCAUCACAAAGUUGAAGAAUUUUGAAGUAUGGGACUAAAAGAUAUCCACUUUAAGCUCAAGGUGUUUAAGAUGAGACGAUUUCGUGGAAGCAAGAAGAGAGAGAACAGGGUUAAAAAGAAGCCUUCAUGGAUGAUUCCAGUCUCUCAUGGCUAUCAUGUUGUUGAAAAUAAAUCACUGAGAGGCAGCUCUGAUGAACGAGAACUUGAUUCAGUCGUGGUUCAGAGAGAGCAAAUCGAUGAGCUCGAGUUAUGGUUCUUCGGAGUUUUUGAUCCGAGGAUUGGCGAUGGAGUUACCAAGUUUAUUCAGUCUCAUUUCUUUGAUAAGAAGCCUAAACAGUCUCGAAUCAAUAGGAAGACGAAGGAGACGAUGAAAAAAGCAUAUCUCGGAGCAAGAGCAAAGGCGAUAGAGGCGCAGAAGGAAGAUGAGACGGUUCGAGCAGGGUCGGCGUCUGUGAUGGUUAUCAAUGGAGAAAAGCUUGUGAUGGCCAACCUGGGUGGCUAUAGAGCCGUUGUAUGUAGAGAUGGUGUGGCUCAUCAGCUGAGCAGCAAGCAUCAUGGUGGAGCCAGAAGACUUUGGACUCGUAGGCUGUUUCCAGUUCGUAUAUUAGUAUGCGAUUCGAGCGAUGCAGAAGCUAUAAGGCACCCCAAGCGCUCAGAACUUGCUGUUGGGGCCGAAAAGCUCGAUGCCGACACCGAGUUCAUCAUCAUAGCAAGCACCGGAAUCUGGGAGGUGAUGAAAAAUCAAGAAGCUGUGAAUCUCAUCAGGCAUUUGGAAGAUCCACAAGAAGCAGCUGAGUGCCUGACAAAGGAGGCUUUAACGAGGAUGAGCAAGAGCAACAUCUCAUGUGUCAUCAUUCGUUUUGAUUAGUAGUAUUGUGUUCUCAGAAUCCGUUUACAUGUAUCAGUGAAUCUGAAUUUGCAAAUGAAACCUUUUCUUCCCCUUUUUGUA